CUCGGGGGCCAGGCGGGCGCCCACGGCCAGCCCCACGCCGAUGUUGGCGCCCAGGGCCAGCCCCACGGCCGGCCCCACGGCCAGCCCCACGGCGGGGUCGAUGCCGGCGGCAAGAGCGGGGUCAACGGCGGCGCCGACGGUGGCUCGGAUGCCGAGUCCCGCGCCGGCGUCCGACGGGAGAGCGGCUCCGACACCGAGCCCAACGCCCACGUUGGCUCCGACGGCGAGGCCGGCGCCGGGGGUGAGAACGGGGCCAACGUUGGCACCGAGGGCGGCUCCGAGGCCGAGUCCAACUGCGGGUCCAAGGCCGGAGCCAACGUUGGCACCGAGGCCAAGUCCGACGCCGGCGCCGAUAUUGGCUCCGACGCCGACAUUGGCUCCGACGGCGAGCCCAACGCCGGCACCGACGUCAGCCGGGAGAGCGGAGCCAACGGCGCCGAUGCCGAGUCCAACGCUGGCACUGAUGCCACCGCCGAUGCCCAGGGAGAUGCCGGCGCCGAGACCGUGGCCGACGUCCGCUCCGGGGUCGGUCUGGAGGCCAGCUCCAACGUCCUCUCCGGUGCCGGCUCCGACUUGAGUCCCGAGGCCGGCGCCGGCCGCCACGCCAAGGCCAACGUCCACUCUGAUGCCAACGCCGGCCCCGAGGCCGUGCCCGACGCCGGCUCCAAGGCCUUGUCCAAGGUUGGCUCCAAGGCCGGGGUCAACGCUGGCCCCAAUGCCAAGUCCAAGACCGUGUCCAACAGCAGCUCCAAGACCGGGGUCAACGUUGGCCGCGGCGCCGGCUCCGAGACCGUGUUCGAUGGCAGCUCCAAGGCCGGGAUUGGCUCCAAGACCGGCUCCAAGACCUGGGUUGGCUUCAAGACCAGCUCCAAGACCGGGGUCAACGUUGGCCGCGGCGCCGGCUCCGAGACCGUGUUCGAUGGCAUCUCCAAGACCAGGGUUGGCUCCAAGACCGGGUCCCACGUUGGCUCCAAGACCAGUUCCAAGACCGGGGUCAACGUUGGCUCCAAGACCGGGUCCCACAUUGGCUCCAAGACCACGUCCAAGAGCGGGGUCAACGCUGGCCCCAACGCCAAGUCCAAGACCGUGUCCAACAGCGGCUCCGAGACCGGGCCCCACGUUGGCUCCAAGACCGGGGCCGAGACCGGGGUCGACGCUGGUGGUGCCGGCCCCGAGCCCGUGUCCGACGUCAGCUCCAAGACCAUGGCCAACGUUGACCCCAAGGCCAAGGCCAACGUCGGCUCCGCCGUCGGCUCCAAGCCCGGCUCCUAGCCCAAGGUCAACGCCGGGGCCAACGCCGAGGUCUCCGCCACCGCCACCACCGGGGAAAUCGAGGCCGGGCCCGAAAGUCUCCGGGGGUCCCGGGGGGGCUUCGGCUGCAAGCUGCUGCCGCAGGCACCAAGCUUCGGCC